ACGUGGUACAUAAAUAUUUUCUCAGUGAAGAAGGGUCGCCAUAUUGAGUAAUUGUGUGUUAGAGAGAGAAUAAGAGAAGGGCAAGAAGGACGCACUUUGGACACGUUCUUCUCUUUCUCUAGUUCUCUUUAUCAGUAGAAAGAGAAGGAUUUUUAUUAGUAUUUUUUUAGAACAUCCAGAAACCCCCCAAAAGGUUUUCUAAGAGGUAUAUAUAUACAUAUAUACCUGGACUUUUAUUUAUAAUCGGUACCACAAAGGCUUCACGAUUUUUCCCAAACGGAAUAGACAGGCUAACAGCGGCGGUAUGGCUGGAGGCUUUAAUAAGGGCAAACAAACCGACAACAACCCGGGCAAGAACAAGCCCGAUAGCAUCAAACAGGAGAUGAUGUCGCCGAAUUCCCGCGGAGGCGGUGGCGGCAACACGGGUUCGAGUAACGACAAAGGCAAAUCGUCGAACGAAAGAUCUUUACAUUCUGGCAGCAAGUCCCACCAACAUCACCAGCAACAUCAACAACAACACAACAGCCAAGGUGGUGGUGGUGGAAACCUCCAGGAAGGCAAAGGCGACGUCUCCGGUCUGUCGGCUGCCAGUGCGGCGGCCUUGUCGACAAGAGACGAAAAGAAAUUCACGGGAAGAUGUCGUUUAUUCGUUGGUAAUCUCACACCUGACAUCACAGAAGACGACUUUCGAAAGCUCUUCCAACCUUAUGGAGAGAUCUCCGAAGUCUACGUUAAUGCUAGCAAAGGUUUUGGAUUUAUCCGACUGGAUUAUCGUCACAAUGCAGAAGCCGCAAAAGCUGCUCUUGAUGGCAUGCAACGCAAAGGAAGAACACUGCGUGUUCGUUAUGCAUCAUUAGGUUCUGCCUUAAAAGUGAAAAAUCUAUCACAACACGUCUCUAAUGAAUUGUUACAUCAAGCAUUUUCCCAAUUUGGUGAGGUUGAACGAGCAGUUGUCAUAGUUGAUGAUAGAGGUCGGCCAACAGGUGAAGGAAUUGUAGAGUUUGCAAGAAAACCUGGUGCUCAAGCCGCAUAUAAAAGAAUAACUGAGGGUGUUUUUCUUCUGUCAUCUGCUCCACGUCCAGUGACAGUCGAACCCCUUGACCAAAAGGACGAAGAAGAUGGAUAUCCGGAAAAGUUCAUCAAUAAAACUGAUGCCUACAAGAAGGACAGAGAAUCAGAACCCCGCUUUGCACCUCCCGGCUCUUUUGAAUAUGAGUUUGGUCUGCGCUGGAAAGAACUUGAAGAACUUGAGAAACAACAGCAUGAAGGUGUCAAGAAAGCUAUGGAAGAGUCUCGCCUCAAAUUGGAAGAUGAAAUGGAAAAUGCAAUGUUUGAACAACAAGCUGAAAUGAUCCGUCAAGACUUACUGCGACAGCAGGAAGAACUUAGAAGACUUGAAGAAAUACGCCAACAAGAACAAAUUCGCCGUAGGCAAGAAUUAGAAAUGAGAUAUCCAAACAGGCGCCAGGACGAAGAAAGGCGACGGCAAGAAGACGACCGAAGGCGUACAGAUUUACUGUUGAGAUCCCAGGAAAUUCGUCGUCGACAAAUGGGACAAGAAUCUAUGGGUAGGGAUCGGCCAGGGGAUAUGAUGGGAAGACAGGGUGGUAGUCCAGCAAUGAAUGAUAAUCAACAGAGAGGUAGAAACACCAACACUGGUGCACCUCCUCUCCCACCACCUCCCCCACCUCCUGCAGCUAUGGGACUCGACAGACCUGGCCAGAAUCAGAUGACUGGUGGAGGAAGUAUGAGUGGUGGUUACAAUUACAGUAACCAAGGACCUAUGGGUGGACAGAACAUGGGUGGAGGACCUGGUGGCAGUGGCAAUACUAGCAACUCUAAUAUGGGUGGAGGCCCAACGGGUGGAGGAAUGACUGCAAAUUCUAUGGUUAAAAUGAAUCAAAGUGUCCCCAACAGAAUGCGUCAGUCUCGCUACGAUCAACCUGGGGAUAACAGCUUUGGAGGUACUGACAAUUACGGGUCAGCAGGAAUGGGCAGCAGUGCUGCCAGUGCCAUGGGUGGCGGUGGCGGCCCACCUAUCAGUAGUGGUCAGAUGGGUGGUGGACCAAAUGGUCCACCCAGCUUGUUCAAUUCCAAUAUGGGAGGGAACAUGCCUGGGGCUGGCAACAGUGGCAUGCGAGGUGGUGGAGGAGGAGGAGGAGGCGGCGGAGGUAGUGGCGGCGGCAGUGGCGGAGCUGGCGGUGGAAGCAGUGGAAGCGGAAAUAGUGCUGACAGAGGUAACAUGAUGGACAGACGCAGAGAGAAUGCCAACAGAGAAGAUUAUGCUGAGAUGAAAAGAAUGCGGCGAUAUUAAAAAAACAAAAACAAAAUGAUACAAAACAAAAAAAAACUUUACACCCAUGCCAUUGACAUUAUUUUGACAGCAACUCAUUUAUCUUAACUUUUACUGUAAAUGUAUCAAUUUAUUCCUGGAGAACUUAAUAUCAUGUAGUGGACAGUAGUAAAACCAUUACUUGUUGGUGUCACCAUCCUUGUGCUCUUCAUAUCAGUGUUUCACUGGUUAUUCAUAGUCUAAAAUAAGGAUUUCAUCAUCAUGACUCUGAUUUUGUCAUAUUCAUUUCGACUUAACCGUCUAAUAAACAUUGUGACCUUUAACUUGAA